GGCUUGGUGGAACAGUUUCGAGUUAGCAGAUUUGCAGAUCCCUGGGCCUCAUUUUACUGCUGAGUCCUCCGUCUUCUCGAGUCUGCACUUUGUGCUGGCGGGAGCUGCACGUCUGGGGUUUUCUUACAGAUCUUAUUUUCCUCAAAAUGAGCAUUAGCAUCACUUUCUUAAGUCCUUUUGCCAGGUUUUUGGUGCCAUUUACCCUUCAGAGGAAGAGCAAAAAUUUAUACACAGCAAUUCUGCAGAGAUACAUGCCUUCCAAAAUACUGUCUGUGUCCUAUCAUAAGGAGAGUACAUCACCUCCUCAACAGCUAGAAUUGGAUGGAUGGAAAGCAACAAUGAAAUCUAGGGUGCAAGAAGAAGGUGACUCAGCAGUCUCCAGCAACGACGAUGAAGAUCCUCUAGCUGCCACCAGAGAGUUAAUUGAAAUGUGGAGAUUGCUUGGCAAAGAAGUACCAGAACAUAUCACUGAAGAUGAACUCAAAAUCAUUAUGGAAUGUCCUUCUAAAUCAUCAAGAAAAAAAUAUUUAAAAUAUUUAUAUGUUAAGGAAAAAUUGAAAAAAGCUAAUAAGAUAAAAAAGGAAAUGAAAGCAGCAGCAAGGGUAGAAUUUAAAAACAAGCUGCUAGAAACCUCUGAGGCAGACAAACAGCAGCAAAACUUUCUAUUUUUACGACUUUGGGAUAGGAAUAUGGACAUGGCAAUGGGCUGGAAGGGUGCUCAGGCCAUGCAGUUUGGACAACCUUUGGUUUUUGACAUGGUUUAUGAGAAUUCUAUGAAACGAAAAGAACUGCAGAAUGCUGUUUCCCAACUUUUAGAAAGUGAAGGAUGCAAUAGAAAAGACGUUGAUCCUUUCCAUAUUUAUUUCUGCAAUCUUAAAAUAGAUGGUGCUUAUCAGAGAGAGUUAAUUAAACGGUAUGGAGAAAAAUGGGACAAACUGCUUAUAACAGCAACAGAAAAGUCUUAUGUAGAUUUAUUUCCAAAGGACAGUAUUAUAUAUUUAACUGCAGAUUCUCCUAAUGUUAUGACUACCUUCAAGCAUGACAAAAUUUAUAUAGUUGGGUCUUUUGUUGAUAGACAUAUGCAACCAGGUGCAUCCCUAGCCAACGCAAAACGUCUGAACCUGGCAACAGAAUGCCUUCCAUUAGAUAAAUAUUUACAGUGGGACAUAGGUACUAAAAAUCUCACCUUAGAUCAAAUGAUUCGGAUUUUGUUAUGUCUGAAAAAUACUGGUAAUUGGGAAGAAGCUCUGAAGUUUGUUCCCAGGAGGAAACAUAGUGGUUAUGUGGAGAUACCUCAGUAUUCUCAAGAGUUCAUCGACAGAAUAAAGAAAGUAAAGACUUCUAAUUUGUUUUCAAAAGGUUCUCUAAAUAUACAUACACAGAAAAAGUGUCUUAAAUGAGAAAAUAUUAUAGCUUAAAAAAUAAAUGGAUUGGAAAUACAUUUCUACUACUAUAUU